AACAGUACUGGAUCAAGACAACAGUACUGGACCAAGACAACAGUACUGGAUCAAGACAACAGUACUGGAUCAAGAUAACAGUACUGGACAAAGACUACAGUACUGGAUCAAGACGGGACAGUACGGGCAGUGGACCAGCUCAUCAGCGUCUGUGUGUUUACUCAGCCUGGACGGUGAGUAAGAGGGGGACGUGACUGAAGGACAGACUGAUGAUGGUUUGGUCUGUGUGGUCGUCUCAUACAACUUGUAUCGUCUUAUCCAACCCCUGCCAAGGACUGUUAUCUUCUUGACCAAUCCCUGUCCAGGACAGUUAUCCUCUUGACCAAUCACUGUCCAGGACUGUUAUCCUCUCGACCAAUACAUUUUGAGGAGUUUUAUCCUGGUAUAAAUCACAGAGGAUAAUGCAUAUCCUUCCCCCUCUGGAGAGAGAAGAAGGCACCAUGAGCAACGUCACCGUCACCGACAACGCAGCCGAGCCCAUCAGCAGAACCAGUGCUCCAGCCACGCCCUACCCAUACCCCUACCCCAUCUCCUUCCAGGUGUCCCUGACCGGCUUCCUGAUGCUGGAGAUCGUGCUGGGCCUGAGCUCCAACCUCACCGUGCUGGCCCUGUACUGCAUGAAGUCCAACCUGAUCUCCUCGGUCUCCAACAUCGUCACCAUGAACCUUCACGUCCUGGAUGUGUUAGUGUGUGUCAGCUGCAUCCCAUUGACCAUGGUGGUGUUGUUGUUGUCUCUGGAGGGGGACACAGCCUUGGUUUGUUGCUUCCACGAGGCCUGUGUGUCGUUCGCUAGUGUCGGCACCGCAGCCAACGUACUCGCCAUUACCCUGGACCGGUACGACAUCUCUGUGAAACCGGCGAAUAGAGUCCUAACGAUGGGCCGAGCCCUGGCUCUGCUGGCCACCAUUUGGGUGCUGUCGUUCCUCAGUUUCCUGGUGCCUUUCAUGGAGGUGGGGUUCUUCGCCCCAGGCCAGUCGGAGCUGAACCAGACUCUAGCGGAUGUAGUCACAGUGGCCCACACCAACCAAUACUACACAGAGUUAGGACUCUACUAUCACCUACUGGUCCAGAUCCCCAUCUUCUUCUUCACUGCUGUUGUGAUGCUCGUCACCUAUUCCAAGAUCCUCCAGGCGCUCAACAUCCGCAUUGGGACACGCUUUCACACAGCGUCGCAGAAGAAGAAGGCCAGGAGGAAAAAAGGUCCCUCCAUGACGGCUAUGACAUCACAGGCGACGGACGGGGCCAUGGACCCAUCCGAGCCCAGCGGCCGUGCUCUCCCCCCGAUGGGCAUGCGGACCUCCGUCUCCCUCAUCAUUGCGUUGAGACGAGCGGUUAAACGCCACCGGGAGCGACGAGAACGGCAGAAACGAGUCUUCAGGAUGUCGAUGCUCAUCGUGUCGACCUUCCUGCUCUGCUGGACUCCCAUAACCGCCCUCAACACGGUCAUCUUGACCGUGGGCCCCAGCGACUUCACGGUCAAGCUGCGGUUGGGCUUCCUGGUCAUGGCAUACGGGACGACCAUCUUCCAUCCGCUUCUCUACGCCUUCACCAGGCAGAAGUUCCAGAAGGUUCUGAAGAGUAAGAUGAAGAAGAGGGUGGUGAGCAUCAUUGAGGCCGACCCGCUGCCCAACAACGCGGUCAUACGUAACUCCUGGAUUGACCCCAAAAGGAACAAGAAGGUCACCAUCAACGAGGACGCCGAGGCCAGGCAAAAAUGUCUGCAGUCUUCAGAGGAUGCUGUGGAAUGACAGUGAAUACUUAGCGACCUUGUCCAGAGGUCCGGAUCUCAGGGUUUUGUCUGCAGAGGAAAGUCUUGGGCGGGCCGAAUCAUUUUCUGUUCAGACAGCCUAUGUCCAAACGAAUCAUUUUCUGUUCAGAUCGCCUAUGUCCAAACGAAUCAUUUUCUGUUCAGACCGCCUAUGUCCAAACGAAUCAUUUUCUGUUCAGAUCGCCUAUGUCCAAACGAAUCAUUUUCUGUUCAGACCGCCUAUGUCCAAACGAAUCAUUUUCUGUUCAGACCGCCUAUGUCCAAACGAAUCAUUUUCUGUUCAGAUCGUCUAUGUCCAAACGAAUCAUUUUCUGUUCAGACCGCCUAUGUCCAAACGAAUCAUUUUCGGGAUGUGAAAACGUUUUCAGUGUAAACGUAAAAUAGCUUUAACCAGAUAUAAAGUAUGUUGAAAAGAUAAUACACCUAUAUAUUUUUUAACUAAGAUUUUAUUUGAGAACUAACAAACACCGAAAUAAAAGCUAGACAGUCAGGGAGAAUUUAAAGUUCCAAAAAAUGAUGCAUUCAGGAGAAUUUUUGUCAUGGCAUGAGGCCCUCAUUCAUUUGUUUAUGGCGUUCGAGUCACUCAGAUAGCAUAAACCAAGGCAGAAUGUGUAGAAUUGCAAGAAAUUAGAUUUAUCUCUGUCAAAAUGCAUAAAAUGGCCAUGCCCCCCCCACCCACCCACCCACCCACCAUGCCCAUCACCUAAGUCCCGUUUUGAUCCAGGAAAAAAAUAACUGGAUCUCUUGGUGUAAUGGCUAAGGUGUUGGGUUGACAGUCACUGGACCCAGGAUUAAGUCCCGGACAACGAGACCAGACAGAAAUGUCUUCAGAGGAUCCUGGUGGAAUGAAUCCUAGAAUCUAGUCAUUCUAUAUCUGUUGAAUGAAUUCUAUUUCUGUUGAACGAAUGAACUACAUUAGGGCAAGACAACACAAUAAGGAACGUUGACAGUGUGCAAUAGAUCACCUGAUGGGUGCCGAACGGAUGGUGGUGAUUCAACAUGUAGGAUUGUCGGAAAACUGAAAAGGAGGGCUGACGUUCUGUGGUCAGAGGAGAUGGGAACGUUCUGGAAGGCCAAACGCUGCUUUCAGCCAGUCAUCGGCACGCUCUGUUUUGUCUUUAAAACUCAAUGCAGAGGAGGCUGGUGGUGGAAGAAAUUGGAGGACAGGUUCAUUGUAAUGGCUGACGUUGAAAAAAAAAACUGGAAAGCUAUCAAAAACAUCAAACAAAAUGACACCAGCCGCCACUGACUCUAAGAAAGGACUAAUUAUUAGGUUUCAUCAGGAUAAAACAAGGGAAACACAUUCCACAACAAUGUAAAUAUACAGGUAGCUGCCAAGAUAAAGGAAACCCCAACAUAAAGUGUCUUAAUAAUAGGUUGUUGGUCCACCACGAGCCAGAACGGCUGCUCUUUGGCAUCGAUUCUACAGGUGUCUGAAACUCCAUUGGAAGGAUGCAACCACCGUUCUGCCGCAAGACAUUCCAUAGUUCGGUGUUUUGUAGACGGGGAAAACGCUGAAUCAGGUGCCGCUCCAAGAUGUUCAGUUGGGUUGAGAUCUGGGGACUGAAAUGAACACGAGCGCACGCACACGCACACGCACGCACACGCACACACAUGCACACACACGCACACACACGCACACACACACACACGCACACACACACACACUCACACACGCACGCACACGCACACACACGCACACACACGCACGCACACACACGCGCACGCGCACGCACACACGCGCACUCGCACACGCACACGCACACGCGCACACACACACACGCACGCACGCACACGCGCACGCACACACGCACACACGCACACUCGCACUCGCACGCGCACACACACGCGCACGCACACACACGCGCACGCACACACACACACCCUUUAAAUCCCUUAUGCUCCUUUGAGACCCCUCUUUCAGAGUCACGAAGUGAGACUAACUAACUAACUAACUGAGAUCUCUUCGUCCCUGGGGGCCAAAAUAACAGUCAACUCUGCAUUUUUACACACAACCCUAAGCAUGACGGGGUGAUAAUUGCUUAAUUAAAUUAGGAACCUGUGUGGAAGAACCUGGUUUCAAUAUAUUUGUAUCCCUCAUUUCCUCAAGUGGUUCCUUCAUUUUGGCAGUUACCUGUAUGUGUAUCUACUGUAAAUGUACAAAUAACAGAGGUGGAUAAAUUAGUACUAUUUAUUGAAAACAAAGUACAUUAGAGGGUUCAUAGUUAAAGCUGUAGAUAUUGCAUGGCUUUUGGUAACUGUAGCAAUAUAUAU